CAAAACCUCUCCUUUCUCUCUCUUCUCACGCCCCCAUGACUCCAUCUUCCGCAAAAACUCGCAACAGCUUCCAUUCCCAAGCCUCAAGGCAACACCUUUCUCAUCUAAUUCCUUCCUUUCCAGAGCUCAAAAUCGGACCUUGCAAACGGAACCCACUCGCCCCCCGUCCGGUGAAAUCCACGUCAUAGUGGGCCCCAUGUUCGCCGGCAAAACCACCACUCUCCUCCGUCGGAUUCAGUCAGAAUCUGCCAACAGCAAAAAUGUGGCAAUAAUUAAAUCAAGCAAGGAUACAAGAUAUGGAUUGGAUUCAAUUGUUACACAUGAUGGUGCAAAAUUACCAUGUUGGGCCCUAACUAACUUAUCAUCAUUCAAGCAGAAGUUUGGAAUUGAGGCUUACGAGAAGUUGGAUGUGAUCGGUAUUGAUGAAGCUCAAUUCUUUGAAGACCUGUAUGACUUCUGCCGUGAAGCUGCUGAUCAUGAUGGCAAAACAGUGAUAGUUGCAGGACUUGAUGGUAACUAUUUGAGGAGGAGCUUUGGUUCUGUCCUUGAUAUAAUACCCCUUGCUGAUACUGUAACUAAACUAACUGCUCUAUGUGAAAUCUGUGGAAAGCGUGCAUUCUUUACCCUGAGGAAGACACAGGAGAAACAGGUCGAGUUGAUUGGUGGAGGGGAUGUCUACAUGCCGGUUUGCCGGCAUCACUAUGUCAAUGGACAGGUAGCUGUAGAAGCAGCAAGAUUUGUUCUGGAAUCUCACAAGGUUGAAUGUCCCUCCCAUAUACAUAAGUAGGUCCAAAUUCCUUGGCAGCUGAAUGUCCAUUUUCUGCCACUAGUACAUGGGAUCUUUUCCUCAACCAGCAUGUAGUGUAUAGCCUUCAUUUUGAUGGACCUGAAUUUAAAGAACUUCAGAGAAGAGAAGGAAGGAGUAGGGUAAGGGUUUGAACAUUGUGACUGUUCUUUAAGAUGAAACUAUUUCUGUAUUAGAUUGUGAUGAUGAUUAUAUGAUUGUUGAUUAGUUGGUCUGAAUUUAAUCAUCAACAAAGUGAUUAUGUAUUAUAGAAGAUAAAAAUUCUCAAUGGUUUAAUGAUGCUAAUCCGUGAUUAUGUUACAAGAACUUA